AUAUGAUUCCUUUGUACUUUAUUGUAUUAUUUUGUCAUUGACUUUUCUCGCCCAGACGACAACAAUGGCCAAAAGAGCACGGCUGGAUGAUGGCAGUAGCAACAUCAACAACGAGCACACCGGGCAGCCGCAAGAAAUUAUCAUCGAUUGCCAACUGAUACAGGAUAAAAAAGAAAUUGCUCUUCCCCCAGGAAUCGGUGCCAUAUCUGCAAUUGCUACAUGGACGAGGUCGCACUCGUGUGUGGCUAGUGCUGGCGUCGGUAUUGAUGUCGGGUCCUUACAGCAGCGCGCGGCAGAGGUUGCGGUUGGGACAGAUACUGGCUACACUGCUCUCAUCCGUGAUGAUGGCUCGACAGUGGCUCUGGAGAACAGCGGCAGCCCCACAAUCCAGCGCCUAUUGGUCAAGGACCCUGGUGUGGCGUCGGGAGCUAAAUAUUUGAUUCCGGAUGUCGUGUCUGGCGACUCUGAAGGGCGAGUGUCCGUAUAUAAGAAUGGGCGGAUGAUAUCGCGCAACACGCUGUCUGCACCAGUGUCGGCUAUUGCCGAGGAUUGCAAUCCGCAUACGCAGCGGAGCUUUAUUGUCGGAGAUAUGAGCGGCUCCGUGACCACCUGCCAUGCCCAAGACAUUCUAUGGCGCGCACAGGUAUACUACCCUAAACAAAGCAGUGACAGGGACAGCAGUGCCGUGGGUACUGGUUUGGAGUCGGAAAACUCACUAGAGCAAGGCAUCUCUAGCGUAUGUUCUGUGCGGUUUCCCGACGACUUUGGUAUUCUGACUAGUUAUGUGUUGGCGGCAAGUGGCGGCAACAGCAUCCAGAUUCUUUCUCGUGGCCACCCAGUGCUUUCCGUGCCUGUAUCGGCGCCAUGCAACUGCAUGUGCUCGGGGGAUUUUGUUUCCCAAAAGGACAGAGACGCCAAAUAUGCAACCGCUGCAGACCCUAGCACUAGCACCCAGGCCAUGUUUGGGGAUGAUGCCGGACGGCUACUUGUUUUUGACAACUUUGAAAUGAUUCCCUACGCGCAAGUUGACUAUCCGGUCACCAGCAUUGCAACCAUUCCUCUGCGCGCCCUUGCCAAUGUCGAUGGGCCCGACGUUGUUGUUUGCGGGACUCGCUCGAACGUAGUAUAUGUGCUACACGCCAAGAAAGUUGUAUGCACUUUUACAGCAGACUUUUGGCCCGUGGCUGUUGAUGUUAUUCUUCCGAGUUGCUCUGAGAUGAGCCCGGCCAUAGUGAUCGCUGAGAACAGGGCCAUCGAGAACCGGAAAACAGCAGGAUUUCUUUGACAAACACAUAGAUAUAUGUGCACAAAUGCACAGAUACAUGCAAACAUACAUAAUAAUUGUGCAUAUAGGUGAAAAAUUCAAAAUCCAAAUGUCAAGCUAUCUGAAAUGAAAAAGGAUGUGCAUUUCACACUGCACAUCCAACCAAGGUACCCACUGUAAAAUGUACGUGGUUGAGGAGCGCGAAGUAGAAUAUAUGCCGUGUCAAUUAUCG